AUAAUGGAAGCGAAAUUUUUUAAAAUUCGGAGAGAUUUAGAUUCCCUGGGGUAUUUCCAAAUACUUUCAUCAGAUUGUCUUCCUUUAGUUGAAAAACUGUUAGAUGAUUUGAAAACAACCACAGCUAGUCUUCAGAAAUAUAUCAAAUUGGCUCAAAGGGUAACGAAGGAGAAAGAAGAUUUAGAACUAACUUCGAUACCUCACAAAUUCGAUAAUGAAAAGGUACUGAGAGAAUAUAAUGAUCUGCAGUUAACAUACUCAAAUUAUAGAAGUCAAAAGGAGAGAGACAUUAAAGAAUUGCGAAAUAAAGUGCUUCUUUUGAAUGAGGAAAAUGCUAAAUUGAUCUUGGACAAUGAGAAAUUGAGAACUAAUUUGAGAGAAACUGAAUUGGAUCUGAUGAAAGCAGGAGCAAGAAAAUCUCAACAAGGAAAUAAAGGUCUCAGUAAAUCACAUGGUCAAAGUAAUUAUUCAUCUCCAGACGAAGAUUUGCUACGUGAAAACAAUGAAAUACGUCAUGAACUUGAUCAUUUGAAAAAAGAAUUGAAGAAUUUACAGUGCAAAUGUCACCAACUAGAAUCAAUUGGUGGAGGUUCAUCACCUGAAGACUAUGAAGAAGAAGAGGUGGUGAAAAGAAAGAGUACAUUGGACAAUAAAUAUACGGAAGAUAAAAUUCAUAGACUUGAGGAUGAAAUCCACAAUUUAACCAGAGAGAAAAACGAUAUGGAAAAAAGUUAUAGAGAGGCUCUCUCAAAACAGCAUGAAGCUAUGAAGAGGGCUAUACAUUUAGCUGAAAGAAAUAAGGAACUAGAAAAAGAAUUAAAAGAUAUUGAUCGAAUGGCUAUAGCUGUGGAGGAGGAGUGUAAUGAUGCAGUGAAAAAUAAAACUCAAAAAUUGACCAAGUUGGAGAUGGCACUGAAAGACGCAUUGCAAGAAAUUCAAACCUUAGAAAGAACAAUAGCAGGGAUGAAAAAGGAUAAGCAACAAUUAGAAGUUGACAAUGAUAUCUUGAGAACGGAAAAGAAAAGAAUGCAAGACAUGCUCACAGAUGCGGUUAAGGAAAAAUCUGAUGUUUUAGAACGGAUGAAUGGCAUGAAAUUGAUAGAACAUGACUUGAACUUGGAGAUCGAUAGAUUGGUACAGGAAAGUAAUGCCCAAAAACGUGUGAUUGCCGAACUGGAGAGCAAAAUUGUUGUGGUGGAAGCAGCAACCUUUCCUAAUAGAGGACCUGGAGGAGACGCAGUGGCCGUACAAGUGGCUCCGGUUGCUAUCAAAUCAGGUAAGAAAACGAAAACGGCCGACAAACGUUCAAAAAAAGCCGGUAAGGCGCAAAAAACGAAAGGUAAGAAGAACGGGAAAAAAGGAAAAGGCAAGAAAGGAAAAAAAUCCCGAACCACCAACACCACAUCCUAUGCUCCCGCCAACUCCCCCACCGAAGCAGAGAUAGACAAGGCACUGAAUGAAUUGUUCCCAGUAGCUCCACCGGUACCUCCAUCUGAUGGUUUCACCUUGCUUUCGGAUCAUAGCCAUCCACCUUCAACUCAGCAGCAUAAUAAGUCUACAAAUACCCUGGUGAGAUCGGUCAGGGGAUCUCAGUGCUCCGGUACUCCAACCCCUCAACGUUCUUGCACCUGCGUUCAUGAGAAAAAACCUGUACUUUCUUGCGCGUGCGACUUCGUAUCACAGAAUAAGUGUUGUGUGGAUAAGGACACUCUCACGGACGCCUUUAUCUGUGGCUGCAUGGAAAAUAUGUGUCUGAAACACUUUCAGGAUUUGAUGAGGAAGGAGAUAGAACAGUGUCAAUGUCAGAUAAAACAGAACCUCAUGAAAGUGACUCAAGAAAAGGAUCAUUACAUGGAGGAAUAUCACAAAUUGGUGAAUCAGAUGUGCCAGGUUCAAAUACAAAACACUAGGUGCUCCGAUUCAAGUACUUGUCCUGUGUGUCCGAAGACUCAACAGAUAGUGGAAUUCCUUCAACACGAGAACAAGAUGCUGUCUCAAGAGAAAAUGAUGUUGGUGGAGAGAUUAGAAAAGACAAGAAACGAUGGUGAAAUAAUCGGGAAGUGUAAUAAGUCAGUUUGUAAGCGGAUGCAAAGAGAAAGAGACCUGUUCAAAGCAGACGUUGCUCGGCUAGAAGAAGAAUGCGACUGCCUGAGAGAGAAUAUACAGAUGUUAUGUGAUGCUAAAACGAGGGAACACGACACUUUCUCCCAACAAAUCAAAGAUUACGAACGACGAAUGAAAAAAAUCGAAUCGGAACGAGGGGAACUCAUGAACGCCCAAGGUUCCAGGAGGGCUCAAAUUGACUGCCUGGAGGAGAAGAACGAGAUGUUGAAAAAUGUGCUGCGCACCACUCAGGACGACUUGCAGAAUCAGAAAAUCAUUUAUGGCCAAUUGAAGAAUCUACACGACCAAACGGAUAAGGCUCUGCAUGACGCGCAGGCGCAGCUCGUUCAGGUGGAGCGUCAACUCGCGCAGGCGUAUAUGACCAUCGAACAACUGAAGAAAUCGAGCAGGGACCAGAAAAAUCAGCGAACCGAAAUCGAUCUCGAUACUAUGAAGAGACAACUGAAUAGGAUAGAUCAGGAAAAAGAUGAACUUUUAAACAUAGUGGAUUCGAAAACGGAGGAAAUUGCCAGUUUAAAGGAGGAUCUGAGGUGCAAGUGUGGUCUUAUCGAGGAACUGAGGGGGCAAAACGCAGAUCUGAAAAACAAAUUGGGGAAUGUUACAGACCGUGCCGCUUCAAGCAACGCCAAUUUGAGGGAUUUAGAAGCGGAAAUAUCCAGAUUGCAAAAGCAGCUAGAUGUCGCUUCUAAGACUCGUGAUAAUGCUCUAGAAGUUAAUCGUAAACUCCAAGAUGAAUUGGCAACAGUUUCCCGGGAAGCCAAUAUCUUCAAAGCUCAGUUGACGAAAUCACAGGACCAGAUAGAAAACCUGAAGCUGCAAUCUCAGCAAUAUAUAGCUGAAGUCAAAAGGGCUGAGGAUUUGAUAGAGGCUAAGGAGAAGGAAAGGGAAGAGUUGUUGAACCAAUUCAAACAAUUAUGCUUGGAGACCAAUCAUCUUCAGAGCAGUAACAGCGCUCUUGAGAGUGAGGCUAAUCAGAGUAAGGUCCAGUUAUCGGUGGCUAUGGAUCAUGUCCAUGAUUUAGAACAGAGGGGCGAGACACUCGAAACCUUGAUAAACGAUUAUGAAAAGCAAAUUGGCCUCUUAACCAACCAAAUAGCUAAAUUUGAAUCUGAACGCAGUCAGCAUAUGAGAUAUCAGGACAGAACGGAAGCUGAGAUCAAAUCUAUAAGGGAACUAUGUAUGAAAUUAGACAGGGAUAAGGAACAGUUGAGAAUGCAGUUGUUGACGAAAGAAAAGGAUGGGGACAGAUUGAAUGAUCUUCGCCGAGAAAAUGAAAUACUAUCUACAAAACUGACCGACAGUCAGACCAAACUAGCCAGUACUGAAAGACUUUUUAAAGAAGCCAGGCAUGAAGGUGUUGAAAUGAAGCUCAAAGACGAAGAAGCAUUGAAUGAAAUCAAUCUAUUGAAAGAAAGGAUUGAUGAUCUUGAGAGAAGGUUAUUCCAAUGCACCUGUGGCGUUUGCCCCGAUAAGUGCAUCGGAGGAGAAAUGUGUGAUAAUCAAUGCAUGACGGAAUUUCAAGGACAGAUUACGACUGCAUCAAAACCCCAAGAGCUUACCACAAGAGAACAGGGAACAAACACUCCUUCUUCUCCAUUAUACGGUGAAAAUCCAAGAAAUGACGAUUCUUUCGUGGCUGAGGUUCACAUAUCUGAGGAUGGAGAUACAGAAACCAUCAAAGUGCACUUGAAUGAUGGAGAUGGGGAACUCUUGGUCGAGAAAAAAUCGGUGAGGGGUGUCACGUCUGCUAGGCCAGACUCCGUCUCAUCGUCUCCUAAAAGCGCCGUGUGCGACUGCAGAUCCAGCGACUCAUCAACCAGCAAUGGAGGCUCAAAAAAAUCGAUCGAGGAUCGUAAGGAAAUCGAUAAACUGAGGGCAUCUCUUACUGAAGCUCUGAUAGGUGGUCAACAUGGAAAACGGUGCAGAGAAGGAAAAUGCCAGACGGAUUGCAAGUUGUUCGAUCCUCUGAAUAAGGUUUGUGGGAGGCAACAUACUGAGUCGAGAAGUGGCAAGCGAAAUUUGUCGAAAAAUUAUAAAAAACCAAUUGGUAGUGAGGAAAAAGAUGCCAGAAUUCCUUGUUGUCCCAGUACUUGUCGGUGUAAUCAGUGAUCGGCGAAUUGUGUGAAGUGAAUGAAGUGUUUGAGAUUGAAAAGACGAUCGUAGAAUAUGUUUUUAUUAUUAACUGUGGAAUAUUCCAAAUUCAGGAUGGAAAAUUGGUGUUAUCCAGUGGUGUUGUGUGUUAAUUUUAGUCAUCGGUUGUUGCAGAUAUAUGUUUUAAUGAUUUGAUCCUAUAUUUUUAUAUAUUUAUAAUAAAUUCAAUCGAUUUUA